AUGAAGGUGCGGGUUUCGGCGUUGCUGCUGCUUCUGCUGUGCUUCUGGGCGCAGCCAUCUUUGGCGGAGCAGCAGACCAGCGCAGGUGCGGAGCCGGUAAUUGUGCGUGUGUCUCCAAUAGCGAACAAGUCCGUCACGAAGUGGUCUGUGGCUGACGUCGAGUACUGGAUGAACCACACAGUGGGGUAUGCGGAGUACAGUUUGUACGUGCGCAAACAUCUCAUCGACGGCCCGACGCUGCUGGGGAUGGAGCCGCUCGACUUCGAGGAACACUUCCCUAUUGAGAACGCAAUCCACGUAAUCAAGCUGGCGGCACACCUGAAGCUGGUGAAGGGACUAUGCCUCUGCGCCGCGGUGGAGAGACGCGUGGUGGACUUCUGGUCGUACUUCAGGCAAGAGAACUUCCGCGUCUGGGUGGUAGGGCUAACCUCAUUUUUUUUCCCGCGUGUGGGAAUGCUGUACACACUCCUGUUCGACGGCGUGCUGUAUCGGCUGCUCCUCGGGGUCACUGUGCCGCAGUCAACUGUGCUGGACGCUGCUGUUGCCGAGGGUGCGACAGCUGCGACAACAGUAACUGUGCCGUUCCUGCACACAGUACUUUUCCUACUUUGCCUGGUGGCCGCGCCAGAUCUUUUCAUGGCUUUUCAGUCCGCGCGCCUGGUAGCGUCGAACUACUUCAUGGUGCCCUUCCUCGUGACGCACUUCCUUCUACAAGGGUACAACGAGUACUUCUACAUUUCCCUCUUGUUUAAUGGUGUCUCGUUCCUACCAGCCGCCUCACUAGACGAGAAGAUUUGGGCCCUAUAUAGCUACACGCUGCUCAUUCCCCCUGCCGCGCUGCUGUUGUACCCGAUUUUACCAUACCUGCUGCAGACCAUCUGCAUCUAUCUGCUGCUGGUGCACGCCAUGCUUAUGGUCAUUGGUGCCGUCUACUUGAAUCUGGACGGGAAGCGAGAAACGGAGGCGCAGAAAAGCGGAAAGAAAGGUUGA